CUUUGCCUAGGCAGUUAAUCACCCCCCCAAUCAUCUCACCCACUUCGAAAACCACUCUUUUUCACGCUCAUUUCUCAUCCGAACCCUGCGAAAUCAGACCCGAAGAUAGGAUCCUCAAACGGCUCUGCUCUUGCGACCCAAUUUUACCCUCGGAACUCCCUGAAUCGGAAUUUGAUUUUGGCAUGGCCGUUGGGGUUGCCGGAUAAAUUUUGCCAGAAACCCUAGAGAAAAUGCUUGAUAUAUGUAGAUCCGUGUUUGUUGAUAUUCAAGCCCUAAUUCGUGAAUUCGAUUGUGUUGAUGGAACAGUGAGGCUUGUUGGGUUGAAGGAAAGUGGGUUUUUUCAUUUACUGCCAAGAAUUGGAUUUCUGAAGGCGUCGGCGGAGGAAGCUCCAUCCGUAUUUGUUGAUAUUCAAGCCCUAAUUCGUGAAUUCGAUUGUGUUGAUGGAACAGUGAGGCUUGUUGGGUUGAAGGAAAGUGGGUUUUUUCAUUUACUGCCAAGAAUUGGAUUUCUGAAGGCGUCGGCGGAGGAAGCUCCGUAUGUGGAUGUGGAGGAGGCGAGGAAGUGGUGUUGUGUGGUGGUGACCAAUGGCAAGGAUGGGUGCACUGUGUAUUGGAAGGAUGGGGAGGUUCAUAUUGAGCCAUUUGUGACGGUUCAGGUUGAUCCGACAGGGUUGGCGGUGCCGGACGCUGCAUUGCUGGGGAAUUUCUUUGGGUCGCUGAAUGUGGGACAAAUUGGGCUUUCCAAAUUCGAUUUGAGGUUAUUACAGAGAAUUAAGGAUGAGGUGCAGAGGAGGAAGAUGCAGUGCAUUAGCUGCCAUGGGAGACGAGACGAUGAGUUGACGUUCAUGAAGCCGUUAGGUCAUGAACAGUUCCUUGCAUCUCUUGGUGCAGUCAAAUCAAUAUCCACACUCUCCGUCCAGGAUUGUCCAUGGAAUUUGCCAAGAUCACCUGUAGCAGUAAAGCAGGAGGGUAUCCACCCACAGUACACUGGUCCGCAGAAAUUUAACACUACUCUCUAUGAAGAACCAAUUAAUACAAGAAUUAAGGAUGAGGUGCAGAGGAGGAAGAUGCAGUGCAUUAGCUGCCAUGGGAGACGAGACGAUGAGUUGACGUUCAUGAAGCCGUUAGGUCAUGAACAGUUCCUUGCAUCUCUUGGUGCAGUCAAAUCAAUAUCCACACUCUCCGUCCAGGAUUGUCCAUGGAAUUUGCCAAGAUCACCUGUAGCAGUAAAGCAGGAGGGUAUCCACCCACAGUACUCUGGUCCGCAGAAAUUUAACACUACUCUCUAUGAAGAACCAAUUAAUACUGUAGAAAGUAAACCUCGACUCCCUCACUCAAACAAAAAAAUAAAAAUAAAAAUAAACAAAAAUUCCUUGUUUAUAAAUGUAGAAUAAGGAGAUUUAAUGGGACAUGGGCAUGGGCAUGGGGUUCUGUGUAAGGCUGGUAGCAGCCCUUGUUUUUGCUCUCUCAUGUUGGUACUGGUUUAUUAUAGAACAAUAGUGGAGCAGAGGUGAUAAAGGAUAGAAUAGCAUUUACCAUGUUUGAAGUAGUGUUAGAGCCUCUGUACCUGUUGGACGAUAAAUGGCUUUUACCAUUUUUCCCCUCUUUUUUUGUUUAGAUGCUGUGACUGCAGA